AUGGAGCCUGUAGACCUAGUGGUCGUGGGCGCUGGCUGGUACGGUCUCUCCGCCGUCAAAACCUAUCGCGAGGUCAACCCCGCUGCCUCGGUGCUUCUGCUCGAGUCUGCCUCGUCCAUUGGCGGGGUAUGGGCCACCCAUCGUCUCUACAAGGGCCUCAAGUCCAACAAUAUGCUGGGCACCUACGAGUUUAGUGAUUUUCCGAUGGAUCCUGCCACGUUUGGCGUCCAGCCUGGUCAACACAUCCCCGGGACGGUCAUCCAGGCGUAUCUGACAAAGUACGCCAGCCAUUUUGGGUUCACGGAUCGCAUCCGGCUCAACACGCGCGUGCACAGUGCGGAACAUCGUCCGGAUGGCAGCUGGCUGUUGACGACGGAGACGGAGCAAGGUGAGCAGUCGCUUGUCGCGAGGAAGUUGAUCAUCGCGACGGGCGUCACGUCGCAGGCUUUCCUGCCUACCUUUGAUGGACAGGAGGAGUUUGAUGCUCCGCUGUUCCACUGCAAGGAUCUGCUUCAGGAAGAGGCCGUCUUCCGGGAUGGUCAGCGGGCAACGGUCUUUGGGGGGACCAAGUCGGCCUGGGAUGCUGUGUAUGCGUGUGCCACGUCGGGCAUGCAGGUCGACUGGGUGAUUCGCGAAUCUGGCCAUGGGCCUUGCUGGAUGGCGCCGCCGUAUGUGACGCCGCUGAAGAAGUGGCUGGAGAAGCUGGUCACGACGCGGUUCCUGACUUGGUUCAGUCCGUGUAUCUGGGGCAGUGCGGAUGGCUUUGCUGGUGUUCGCAGCUUUCUGCAUGGCACUUGGCUGGGAAGGAAGAUUGUCGAUGGCUUCUGGUCGGUCCUGGCGAACGAUGUCGUCACGCUCAAUGAGUACGACAAGCAUCCCGAAACAGCCAAGUUGAAGCCGUGGGUGAGUCCGUUCUGGGUGGCUUCGUCCUUGAGCAUCCUCAACUACCCGACCAACUUCUUCGACCUCGUCAAGCAAGGCAAAGUGCGCAUCCACGUCGCCGACAUCGACCGGCUCUCUGCAAGGACCGUCCACCUGUCCAACGGCGACGCUCUCUCGACAUCCGCCCUCAUCUGCUCCACCGGCUGGAAGGCAACCCCCAACAUGCAAUUCCUCCCCGCCGGCAUCGACCGCGAACUCGGCUUCCCCUGGGCCAAAGACUGUCUUGAUGAUGGUCUCAUCCAGCAAGCAGACCAAGACAUCCUGCGUCGCUUCCCCAGACUGCGCAACCAACCCUCUCCCAACGCCAGUUACACCCCUCUUUCCCAAGACCGCGACUCCCCCGCCGCAGCCGCCCACCCAUUCCGGCUCUCCCGCUUCAUGAUCCCCCUCUCCAUGGCCAAAGAACGCUCCAUCGCCUUCAUGGGCGUUGCCAUGACCAUCAACACCUCCCUCAUGGCGCAAAGCCAAGCCCUCUGGAUCGCCGCCUACUUCAGCGACCGUCUCACUCUCACCCCGACCAUCCCCUGCCCGCCGUCCGUCCGCACCGCCGACGAAAAAAUCUCCCAGACCGACCUCGACCUGAAAUGGGAAAUGGCCCUGCACACGCAGUUCGGCAAGCACCGCUACCCGGGCGGCUUCGGGAAGCGCAAUCCGGAUUUCGUCUUCGACGCCAUCCCCUAUGUCGAUCUGCUCUUGCGCGAUUUGGGGCUGUCCACCCAGCGGAAGCGUGGUUCGCUCGCUACGUGGUUUGAGCCAUAUGGGGCGGAGGAUUAUCGGGGGUUGGUGCAGGAGUGGAAGGGUCGGAGGUCGUUGGCGUGA